AAACAAAGAGCUACAAAUUUCAAAGCAAUUUCCCACAAAAUUGAAAGCACUUUCCCACGAAACAAAAUAAUACUGUAGUAAACAAAUAAAUUCGUGUAGACUCAACAAAUCAUUAGUCAUACCUCAACAAAAAAAGAAAAAAAACAUUAGUCAGUCUUUUGAAUGAAUCAAAACAUGGCACUUGAAGUUCAUGGCAAGAUAAAAUCUGCUAAAUUAUAAAAUGAAGAAAUGUCAGAAAAUACAUGGUCCUGUGUUCUGCAUCAAUCCUUCCCAUUUGUAGUAGCACAAGGAGCUUUGUUGACAGGGUUUGGAAGAGACUUCCAAGAGAUCAAAGAUGAACAUGAGCGCAUACAAACCUUGCUCAAGGAUGCAGACGCAAAGGCUUCUGAUGGAGAAGUCAAAACUCGGACGAAACAGCUGAGAGAAGCUUCUUUUCGCAUAGAAGAUGUCAUUGAUGAGUAUGACAUGUAUAUGGCACAGAGGGUCAACGACAACCAUUCAGGAUUCAAAGCCUUAAUCCAAAAGGUAUCUCAAAUGGUGUUAAACCUGAAGUCACGGUAUCAGUUUGCUUAUGAGAUUCAUGACAUCAAAUUAUCAGUUGCCAGAAUCAACAAAAGAAGUUCAAUGUUUGAAUUUCAACCUGAAAGUGGAUCAGGCAGCUCAAGAGGGACCAAAGCUGCCAGAUUUGGUAACCCUCAAAUGGCUACUUUUUCCUUCAAAGAGGCUCAAGUAGUGGGGUUUGAGUCCCAAAGAGAUGAAUUGGUUAGUUGUUUGGUGGAGGGAACCAAUGAGCUCAUGUUGGUUUCUGUGGUAGGCAUGGGGGGACUCGGAAAAACUACUCUUAUUAAGUAUGUUCUUGAAACCCCGCAGGUGAAAAAGCACUUUGAUUGUUGCUUUUACAUCUCCGCUUCUCAAUCCAAGACUGCAGAGGAGUUGUUGAUUGAUAUGAUAAAUAAGUUUUGCGAGGAUAGCAAGGAGUCUGCUCCAAAUGGUCUGAAGGAGAUGGAUCAAAUGACAUUGACUACCCGUGUGAUUCAAUACCUUCGGUCAAAACGAUACUUGCUGUGGUUCGAUGAUGUUCGGAACGAACACUUUUCUAAGGGAAUUGCACAUGCCAUGCCUGAAAAUGAAAUAGGAUCUAGAAUCAUUGUGGCCACUAGAAUGAUGCGUGCCGCAGAGUAUUUUAAGGAACAUUUUUCUGUUCAUAUUCACAUCCUAAAGCCUUUGCCUGAUGACAAAGCAUUGGAGCUAUUUUGGAAGAAGGCAUUUAGAGGGCAGUGUCCAACAGAUCUUGAGAACAUGUCUAAAGAAAUUGUUCAAAAAUGUGGAGGGCUACCACUAGCAAUUGUGACCAUUGGUGGUCUUUUGUUAACAAAACCUAAAACCAUUUUUGAGUGGGGAAAGUUUAGUCAAAAUCUGGGCAUGGAGUUAGAUGGCAACAUGCAUUUCACUAGUCUAACAACUAUUUUAUCUCGGAGUUAUGAUGAUCUUCAAUGGCAUUUGAAAUUAUGCAUGUUGUAUUUUGGUAUCUAUCCGGAGCACCACACCAUCAACUGUAAGAGACUUAUUGGGCAAUGGAUAGCUGAAGGAUUUGUUAAGUAUGAAGAGGGAAGAACUUUGGAGGAAGUUGCUGAAGGGUACUUGAAAGAGCUGAUACAAACAAGUUUGGUUCAAGUUUCUAGUGUUGGCUUUGAUGGGAAAGUCAAAAGCUGUGAAGUUCAUAAUUUGUUGCGUCAUAUAAUCAUUAGAAAAAUGAAAGAUCUAUGUUUUUGCCAUAUAAUGUAUGAGGAUCAUGAACAAGUCACAGUUGACAUUACCAGACGGUUUUCUAUAGUAACUUUCUCCAACAAUGUGUUGAGAAGCAACAGUAACCCAGGAAUUCGUGCUAUCUUUGUUUUUGACAAAGAAGAAUUGCCCGAAUAUUUCAUUGAUAGUUUAUCUAUCAAGUUCAAGCUUAUAAAGGUACUCAACUUUGAGCGUUCUUUGUUGAAACGUGUUCCUGAGAACUUGGGGAAUCUUUUCCAUCUAAAGUACUUGAACCUAAGUCAUACAGAAGUUACGGUUCUUCCAAGAUCUAUUGGUAACCUACUGAACUUAGAAACGUUGGAUCUAAGGCAAACUAAAAUUCAUGAGUUACCAAUGGAGAUAAAAAACCUCACCAAGCUAAGGCUUCUUAAAGUUUACUAUAAAUAUUAUGAAGGGAAUUAUUCUACGUUGAACGAUACAACAGGGGUGCAAAUGCAAGAGGGUAUUGGAUGCUUGAAAUCUUUGCAAAAUCUCUCUUUUUUGGAAGCCGAUCAUGGUGAAAUAGACCAUAUGCAAGAGCUCAAAAAGUUGAAACAGGUAAAGAAGUUAGGCAUAAGAUGUGUGCAGAGUGCACAAGGAAAUGCAUUAUGUGCUGCAAUAGGAGAGAUGAACUUCCUUGAAUCUCUAAAUAUUACUGCUAAAGCUGAGGAUGAAAUCCUUGACUUGGAUUUUGUAUCAGCUCCACGCUAUCUUAGAGUAAUCAAUAUCAAAGCUAGACUAGCAAGAUUUCCUGAUUGGAUUCCAGAACUUGCAUAUCUUGUGAAGCUAAUGCUUGGCUUUUCUAACUUCGAACAUGAUCCACUGGACUCUUUAAGAAAAUUGCCAAAUUUGUCGAGGCUGAAUUUCUGGGAUGAUGCGUUUGCUGGUGAUAGUUUGCAUUUUAAAGUUGGAGGGUUUCCUAAACUGAAGGAACUUGAUCUCACUAGAUUGAAUAAACUCAGUUCUAUAUCUAUAGACAGAGAAGCUUUACUUGCUCUUGAGCACUUCAGAUGUCACGACAAUCCUCAAUUGAAGGUGUUACCCAAAGACCUCCAAAACUUGGAAAACCUUAAAUACCUUGAGUUUGCUGAUAUGCCAGUUGAAUUAGUUGAUAGCAUUGAUCCAAAUAAAGAUGGACCAUGCCAUCGGAUUAUCAAUCAUAUUCCCCGUGUACAAGUUCGUGAGAAAGUAGAAUCAAGUUUUCCUAAAUAUGAGUUGCGCCUGAUUCCUACUCAGCUCAAUAUCUGAAAUAUCAAGAUUCAAAUUCAACAUGUUGCAGCUCACAAAAAGAUGCCCUUUGUCUCUUCAUUCCUGCUAUGUGCUUCCAUCCCGAAAUAAAUUAUUUCCUUGAAUUGAACUCAUUUAUUAUAAUCAAGGAAUGUGUGUGUACUCUGUUAAUUGACAAAUGGUCCUGGUUUUCUUUUCAGUUUUUGUCAAUUGUGUUGUUGUAGUAUUAGUUGUGGUGUGGAUGCUUUUUCUACAAACAAUAGAAUCGAUAUUUCUGUGGAUA